AUAGAGAGUGGACGAGGGAGAGCAUUGAGGGAGGGAGAGCAUUAAGGGUUGUUGAAUGAACUGGCUUUAACCAGCAUUGCUCCGUCUGCUUUCAUCGUUUCGUUGCAGGAUGACGAAGAGCCGCAGUGAGGCCGUGAAGAAGCACUUCACGGAAGUGGGGGACAGCGGCAGAGCCGACAAGGGUAACAAACAGCGGAUCUGCAAUUAUUGUGACAAGCCUCUGGCCGGGACAACGAGGAGGGCAAGGGACCAUUUCUUGAAGGGUUCGCGAUGCGAUGUCGAGCGCCUGCAAGGUGUUGUGCCGAGAGAAGAGUACUCGAGGAGGGUGAAGGGGAGAUUGGCUGCGAGGUCCGAGUUGGGAGCCGUUACGGGAGAGACUGCGGAGGGGGGGUCAUCGGAGGACGACAACGAGCAGCGGACUGUUGAAGGCGGAGUGGUCGAUCGAUCGGAGUCUGCGGCGGGGCUCCGUCAUGCGACUCCCCAGUCGUCCACAGGUGUGGUCGGCCUCCGUCAAACAACGAUGGAGGACAGUGCUUCCGUUAUCACGGCGCACGAGCAAACACAGCACACAGUGGACGACUGGAUGACGGCAGAAUGCAUCCCAUUCAAUAUGAUGCGGAGCGAGUACUGGGACAAAAUGGUGCAUGCACUCAUGAAUGCGCCCAAAGGAUUCCGGUACGCGAAAUUCGAGACUGCAAGGACAAAGAGGGUCGAAGUGACGAGGGGGAGGGUCGGGAUGAGGGUGGAGGAGCUGCGGCAGGAGUGGCCAACCAUUGGCUGCAUGUUGCAGCUUGAUGGUUGGACAGAUCGCCGACAAAGACCACACAUCAAUGUGAUGGUCUCCUUCCCGAAGGGCUCUAUCUUCUGGCGAAGUGUGUGCAUGUCAGGGCGCAACAAAGGCGCCUCGGCAUACUAUGGCAUUCUGAAGAGGGCAAUAGAGGAGAUAGGUGCGGAGGCAGUGGUGGGGGUCAUUAUGGACAAUGCUGCCGUUUGUGCAGCUGCGGGGCGAAUGGUGGAAGCGGAUCACCCGCACAUCUUCUCGGUCCCAUGCACAGUUCACUCGCUCGACCUAAUUUUUGAGUCUUUCGCGAAGAUCACGUGGGUGGGCGAAGUUAUUAAAAGGGCGUCGGAGGUGGCAAAGUUCUUCACGAACCUUUCACGGGUGCAGGAUCUCCUCCUCCACUACUCCAAUGGCAACGUCGUGGCAAAACCAGGUGCGACCCGGUUUGCCACGAACUUCAUCAUGCUGUCGAGCCUGCAAGGGUUGUACUUGCCGCUGCGAGCGUGUUUGACAGACAAUGAUUGGAAGCCAGCGAUUGUGCACACUUCGCAACACGAACUGUUUGUGAGGGUGACACAUGCCAUCUUCGACGACACCUUCUGGGCAGAUAUCGAGAAGGUGAUGCAAACRUCCGAGAACCUCCUCGAUCUUCUAAAGAAGGUCGACGGCGCGGGCCCCACCAUCAGUAAGGUAGCGUCGCGGCCGGAAUCCGAUGCAGAGAUUGUGGACAGGUUUUGGACAUGGCUUUACUCGUGGUGCAAGGAGGCUGCGUACAGGGAGGUCGACGCGGAGGUCUGUUCUUGGAUCGAGGGCACCGGGAGGCACACUACCGAAAAUGCGAGGACACAAGCCCAUACGAUGCAGCCGGCGAGGUGGUGGCGGAAGUGGUGCAGCGACAUGCCCAUCCUCCAAAAGCAAGCCGUUCGGCUCCUUGGACAAGGCUCCUCCUCCUCUAGUUGCGAGAGGAAUUGGAGCUUGUUCGAAUGGAUUCACAGCCGUCUCCGCAACAAUCUUGGCGCCGUCAAGCUAAGCACGCUGGUUUUCAACAGAUGGAACCAGCACUUGUUGGACUUCUUGACCAAGAAACCGAAGGUUGACGAUGCGGCGAAGUGGGAAGAGGAUGAGCCGGUGGAAGAUCUCAAACGAGAUGAGAUAGCGUCGGAUGCACGCCUGCGGUUGGGGGAGUGGCGUGCCCGCUUGCGCGGAACACAUUCGGUCCACGACGAAGGUGAUGAGGAAGUUGAGGAUGCGGAAGGUGGAGAUUUGGAAGGGGUUGGUGCACCCACACGUGCGACAAGAAAGCGGGGACGACCACGGAAGGCGCAUGUGGAAGAGGAGGUUGGAAAUGGAAGGGGGACACGGAAGCGGGGACGUUUGCAGGUGCAGCCCGCCGAAGAGGAGGAGGAAGCAGCGCUUGAAAAGACGAGCAGCGCUGACAAACAUGGCAGCAGCGACGGAAGCAGCAGCAGCGACGAAAGCGGGGCUGAGCAUAAUGAAAAUGACGGGAGCGGCAGCGGAGGUGCGAGUGAUGGCAGCGACAGCAGCGAUGAAAGUGGAGGUGGCCGUGGCAGCAGUGAUGGCGGCGAGAAAGAUGGGAGCUCGUUGGAGGAAGAGGACGACUCCGAAUGCGAAGGCCAGUAGGGAGAUGGGAGUUCGUCGGAGGCAAAGGACGACUCCGACUUACAGCGCAGUCAGACAU